UGUGGUCAAACUGCAUAAACACAGGCGAAUAGUUGCUCGGUUUUGAGGAGUGGAUACAAAAAGAGAGAGAGACAGAGAGACGGGGAGCCUGCAUGGGAGCACGCUGGCUGUUUGUUUAGCAUCGAUCCAAGCCUUAACGGAGUUCACAGUCCGAGACGCUGCGGGGUUUGGUACAUUGUGCCGGUUUCAGGAUGAUGAAGUUUAGGUUCAGACGGCAGGGACACGACCCGCAGAGAGAAAAAAUCAAGCAGGACCUUUUUGCAUUCAAUAAGACUGUUGAACAUGGAUUCCCCAACCAGCCGAGUGCUUUGGCAUACGACCCAAAACUGCAGCUUAUGGCCAUUGGAACUAAAUCAGGAGCCAUCAAAGUAUAUGGGGCUCCUGGAGUGGAGUGCACUGGACUUCACAAAGAGACUGCUACAGUCACACAAUUGCACUUCUUUCCUGGGCAGGGUAGAAUUCUGUCUCUGUUGGAUGACAACACACUGCACCUGUGGGAAAUUGAGCAGAAAGAGCAAUGUUCCCACCUGGAGGAGGUGUGCAGCUUCAUGCUGCCCGGCAGGUCCGGCAUCGAAAGCACCAGUGCAACGCGUGUGACAGUUCUUCUGCCGAAGCUCAGCUGUGAUCUCCUCGCUGUGGGCACCGAAGGUGGUGGAGUUCAUUUUCUGGAGCUGCCCUCUUUCACUCUAUUGGACAGAUCAAUAUUUCAAGAUGAGAUCAUGCAGAGUGUUCCAGAGGAGUACAAAUGUGGGAAGUCUCUGGGGCCAGUAGAGUCCCUGCAGGAACAUCCCCAACACCCAGACAAAAUCCUCAUCGGCUACAGCAGAGGCCUGGUGGUGCUCUGGGACCUCCAAAGUCGACAUGCAGACAACGUCUUUUUGGGAAAGCAGCAACUGGAGAGCUUGGUCUGGGUCCGGUCCGGUAACAGCUUCGUCAGUUCCCAUAGUGACGGCGGGUACAUGGUGUGGCCUGUUAGUAGCAGCACCCCAUGCACCCAUGAACCAGUCACCUCCACUAUACCAUAUGGACCCUUUCCCUGCAAGGCUGUGAACAAGAUCUUAUGGAGGACCACAGAGUCGGGAGCUCCAUUGGUGCUGUUCAGUGGCGGCAUGCCCCGGGCUAGCUACGGAGACAGACACUGUUUAACUAUACUGCAGGACAGCCAGCACAUUACCCUCGACUUCACCUCACGAGUCAUCGACUUUUUUACCAUCCACUGCAUAGACAGAGACAAGGAAUUUGAUGACCCUUUGGCCCUUGUUGUGCUUCUGGAGGAAGAGUUGGUGGUGAUUGACCUUCAAACAGCUGGCUGGCCCACCAUCCCUUCCCCUUAUCUGGCUCCUCUGCACUCAUCUGCCAUCACAUGCUCCUAUCACAUCUCAAACGUACCAACCAAACUGUGGGACAGGGUGAUCAGCGCCGGUCAGCGGCAAUGCCAUCUACAGACUCACACAAACUGGCCAAUAUGUGGAGGGAAAAACUUAGCACCGAGUCCAAAACAGCAAGAGCUGCUGCUAACUGGUCACGAAGAUGGCACAGUGCGUUUCUGGGACGCAUCAGGAGUGUCGCUCAGGCCUCUCUAUAAAUUAAGCACAGCCAACAUCUUUCAGACUGACUGUGACCACAACGACAGCCUGACCCAGGCUGGCGAGGAGGACUGGCCUCCCUUCAGAAAGGUGGGUUGUUUUGACCCAUAUAGUGAUGACCCUAGGCUUGGAAUCCAGAAGAUUUGCUUGUGCAAAUACAGUGGCAAGCUUCUGGUGGCUGGAACUGCAGGACAGGUGAUUGUGUUGUAUCUGUGUGAUGAGAAGUCUGAUCACAUGAUCGACGUGGCCACUGUGGACCUCCUUCAGGACCGAGAGGGUUUCACGUGGAAGGGUCACGACAGGCUGCCUCCGAAGUCCAGCUCUGUGCCUUUUGCUCCUGGAUUCCAGCCUGUUGUCCUGGUGCAGUGCAUGCCUCCUGCGGCAGUUACUGCAGUAACGCUCCACGCUGAGUGGAACCUCAUUGCGUUUGGCACCAGUCAUGGCUUUGGCCUCUUUGACUACCACCGGCGUAGCCCAGUACUGGCAAGGUGCACACUACACCCAAAUGACUCACUGGCUAUGGAGGGGCCUCUCUCGCGGGUCAAAUCACUGAAGAAGUCCCUCCGGCAGUCGUUCAGGAGGAUACGCAAAAGCAGGGUGUCUGGAAAGAAGCGUGUCAUGGUCAGCAGUCCUUCCAGUAAAGUCCAGGAGGCUAACGCCCAGCUAGCAGAACAGGACGCUGAGGUGACGCCGGUGCAGAGACGCAUUGAGCCUCGCUCGGCUGAUGACUCACUCUCUGGGGUUGUGCGGUGCCUAUGCUUUGCUGACACCUUCCUCCGAGACGGAACGCACCAUGGCCCGACCAUGUGGGCAGGGACGAACUCAGGUUGUGUGUAUGCGUAUGCCUUGGACGUGCCCUCGCAGGACAAGUUCUCUGAGCAGAGUGUGGAGGCCUUGCUGGGAAAGGAAAUACAGCUGAUGCACAGAGCUCCAGUGGUGUCCAUUGCUGUGUUGGACGGCAGGGGUAACCCACUGCCAGAGCCUUAUGAGGUGUCCCGAGACCUGGCCAAAGCUCCUGACAUGCAGGGCAGCCACUCGGUCCUGAUUGCUUCUGAAGAGCAGUUCAAGGUGUUCAUGCUGCCUAGAGUCAGUGCCAAGACCAAGUUCAAGCUGACUGCACACGAGGGCUGCCGUGUGAGGAAGGUGGCUCUAGUGAACUUCAGCAGUGUGGCCUCCGAGGAUUAUUCUGAGAAUGGCCUAGUGUGCCUUACCAACCUAGGAGACAUCCAUGUGUUCAGCAUACCUGCACUGAGGCCACAAGUACGAUAUGACUGCAUCCGCAAAGAAGACAUUAGCGGCAUUGCGUCAUGUGUAUUCACUAAGACUGGACAAGGAUUUUAUCUGAUCUCACCUUCCGAAUAUGAGCGCUUCUCUCUGUCUGCACGAGUGAUCACAAAACCACUGUGUCAGUUGGAUGUAGAUAGGCCACAUGAUCCUUCUGAACUCAGUUUCUGUACGACAGUCCCACACCAAGCCAAUGGCACACACAAAACCCAGCCGACAGGAGAGAGCAAGUCUGUGGGUGAUGCUGAAGGAGUGUUUGAUGAAGUCAGUCCGCUGUCCUCUCCUGCUCUGGAUUCCCCAAACAGCAGUGCUGACAUCACACUUGACACCACUGGAGAGCUCACAGUGGAGGAUGUGAAAGAUUUUCUAGUGACUGUGGACGAGGCUGAGAAUAACUUGAGAAAUAUGACUGAGGAAGAUGGACGUUCUCCUGGAAUUAUCAUCAACUGAGAAGGGAUGAAAACUGGAGGGUUUAACUGGAGAAGUGAUGAAGAUUCCCUUGGUACUCCUAAUCAGCACUUGAGAAGGAGAAUAGGACUCUGGGGGGAAUGCUGCACUUUCCAUUUUGCCAAAACACUGAAUGUUUCACUCUUGGCCCUAAUCUGCCUUUUGCAUUUUCUUCUCUUCACCUAAAGUUACGCUCACUGUGUGUGAGGUGAUCUAGUAGAGCUUUGCAGUGUGAGCGCAUGGGCUGAGUGCAUCAGAGAUGGAAGCUUGAUCGCACAUUGCUCAACUUUCAGGCAAAAGGCUAUCGGGAUACUUGCACUGACCAUGUGUUCAGUAUUAUUAUUAUUUUUUUUUUUCUUCCACAUUCCUCUUUCCAUGUGCUACCAUGCCACUUUGCCUGCCCUCUCUCACUGUGUGCCACUAAGAGGAGUGUAUUCUGUUUGAAACGUUUCUCGUGCCUCCCAGCAGUCUUUUCAACUUCAUCUGUGAUCUUGUGAUGGUGACUGGCAGAAAAAAAUCAGCAGGCCAUUGAAAAGUUCAAUUUAUGGACCCUGUGGGUUUGAUAGAAUAUUUUCCCUUUUUUAAUGUUACAUGUAACCACUUGCAAUUGUAAGUAAUUCUGACAAUUAACUGUGAAUUGUAGAAUUUGAAGGCGCAUGGUGUGUAAUCUUCCACGUAUUCUCAUCAGUAAUUAGUGAGCUUUGAGUUUAUUACUCAUGUAUGCUUUUGUUACAGUAUUAACAAAAAUGAAGGAACUAAUAGUUACUGAUUUUUUUUCUUUUUCUUUUUCCAAUGUAACUUGUAUACGAUAGUGUAAUUUUAUACCACCCAUUAAUUUGUAUUUCUGUUUUCUUUUUUUUUUAUAUGGAUGAUUUAGGCCAUUAUGUGUUUUCAGCUCCAUUUUGGAAACUGCAGUUUAGGAACUUUUCAUGUAGCUCAUGUUUGAAGUGAUUAGAAAGAAGCCUUAUGAAACGAAUACUGUGCCAAUGCAGUACAAAUGAGUCAAGUGAUAGAUGUUUGGGGAAAUCUGCCAAUGGAUUUUAGAAGUGACUAGGAAAAUAUUUUUAUUGUUUUUUUUUUUUUUUUGUUUGUUUGUUUUUUAAAUACCACAUUUGGAUCUUGUUUUCAAGGAAAAGACCACAUUAGUAAACUGCUUGAUUAAGAAUGCACAGAACCAUUUAACCUACUCAUUGUUUCCACUGUGUAAUUCCAGUUUUUAGAUUUCAAAGGGACCUCACUAAUGUAGCCGUUCUAUUAAUCUUUUUUUUGUAUAUUUUUGUCUUUAUUACAUACAUUAACUUUUACAUGUUACAUUUGACCCCUAGCCUGUGAAUCUGUAUUUAAUUUUUGUCUCUUGUGUAGAAUUGUAAUUGGAGAUAAUAGCUACGCUAAUGAAUGUUAAUAAAGUAUUUACUCCUUUAA